UAAUGAAGAAAUUUCACGCAUUUUUAAUCUUCUCUACUUGCAAUAUGUUUGUAUCAAUGUGUGGAUCUCUUAUUACUCCUUUCUUUCCCCCUUAUGCUGAUAGAAAAGGAAUAUCAUAGACCACUUUGGGAUUGAUCAUUGCUGCUGGUCCUUUAGGUGGAUUAUUAGCUUCAAUUAUAAUUGCUAAAACUUUGAAUCACGUAAUAUUAAAUUACUAAUUUAUAGAGAAAUAGAAACAAAUACAUUUUAAUUGGUGUAUUAGGAGAACCUAUAAGUUUACUAUUUUUUUCCUUGACUGAUGUUUUUGAUGACAAAAAUCCAAUUAUCAUUAUUGCUUCAAUUGGCAGAUUUAUUGGAGGAAUAGUAUAAAAAAUAUAUUAUAAUAAGGGAACAUCUUUAUUUUUAACACCAUUCUUUGGGUAUAUUCCUAUUUUAUACCCUAAAGAUGUUGAAAAAAAAGUUAGCAUAAGUGAAGCAUUUAGUAGCGUAGGAUUUUUUGCUGGGCCUGCAUUAGGAUCUGCUUUAUAUGCAUUAGGUGGAUACUUGACUCCAUUUCUUGUUUUUAGUUCAUUUGGAUUCAUUUCAUUGCCUUUUUUAUAUGCAGCAUUGUAAUCUGUUGGACCAAAAAAAUAUUAAGUGGAGAUUUAAAGAUAAAUUGAAGAAAUUGAUGAAAGCAAGAGAUUAACUGAAUAUUAAUAAACACUUUUAGGAACUCAUUAAUUAGAUGGUGAAAAACGAUUAACAUUUUUUACUAUGAUUUAACAUUACCCAGUAGUUGUUAUUUUUUGGGUUAUAACCCUAGUAAACAUUUGUAUGACUUAUUUCCAACCUAUUUUAUCAAUCUAUUUUACAAAAGUCUAUGAUUUUGAUGAAGGUUAAAUAGGUUUCAUAAUGACAAUAGUUUCUUUGGCUUAUACUUUGGGAUGCUAUCUUUGUGGAUACAAUAAAAACUAUAAAAGAGAAGUAAUUUAAAAAUUAUUAUAAUAUUCUAGAUGGCAUGUAUUUGUUUAUUUUUCUUUGGCUGUUCCUAUUUCUUAGCUGGUCCUGAUACUGAUCUCAUUUAAAUUCCCCAUAAACUUUGGAUUGCAUUAGCUGCUUAGUUUUUAUUGGGAGUAUUAAGUGGCCCUGCUUAUGUUCCUUCUCUACCAGUUUUGAAUGAAUUCUUGUUGUUCCAUUAUCCAAUAUAAACCAUUAGGGUUGCUACAUAUUCGUCUGCUUUGUAUAAAUAGAAUUCAUUUUAUUUUAGAUUGACAAGUGGAAUGUUUAUUGGUUAAUUAACUGGACCUAUUAUUGCUGGUAUUUUCGGAGAUAAAUAUGGAUUUGAACGAGCUUGUAGUAUUUUGGGAGUCAUAAUUAUUGUUACAUCCUUUAUAUAUGUUCCAAUCAUAUUUAUGAAAUCUAAAAAAGAGAAAAAUUAAGUAUUAUUAUCAUGA